UCUGUAGUCACAUAAACGCCACAUCUCCUCUGGACGACCUUAAAGACCCAUAAGCCAGUGAACCACUGAGUAUCCAUUCUUCCACUUCUUGUUUAAGGCAGACUGGAGUCUUCGUUAAUCGUUGACAACAUUACCACGGGUUUGCUGUAUAUUGCCCCAUUUAAACACACACCCGUAAGUGCUUGUUGUCGCGAUAGAAACAUGGGGUAAAAUCGCGACAACAACACUGAGCUCUGAAACGCAUCCCCAUUGGUCUAAACAUACUGUCAGACACAGUAAGAUGGCGCCGAGCGAAAUAUGAGUGUUCAAGACAAGAAAAUAUAGGCUAUUUUCUAAUUCAACGAUUAAAAAAAGGCAUCAACAACCAAAUACGCAUACGUUUGUGAUUAUUUAUACCCUUGCUUUCUGGAAAAAGAAGAAAGACUCUUCAAGGAGAGAAGCAGGCAGCCCGGUUCAGGAAGAGAGUUGGUUUGUCAGUAAACUUGCUGAGCAGUGAUGAAUAACUCUCUCGAUGGCUCCGGCUCCUAUGAGGAGCUGGUGAGGCAGAAAGCUCGCAGUGUUCCCCAACACCGUAUGAAAGAGUUUCUGGAGUCUUUGGCCAACAAGGGACCGGAUGCACUGCAGGAGUUCAGCCAGCAAGGGGGCGAUGCCACGACCACGACAGCCACCAUGGUCUACCAACAAGAAACAAACUGCAUUUACACCGACAGUACAGAGGUGGCAGGUUCCUUGCUGGAACUGGCUUGCCCGUUUGUGACAAUGCAGGUUCAAGUGCAGGUCCAGCCCCAGCAACAGCAGAUUCAGGAGUCCGCAGUACAGCAGCAGUCUGUACAGGUGAAUGCUGAGCAUCAGAUAGUUCAAGUGCAGAUUCAGGGUCAACAGCAGCAGAUGCUUGGCCAGGUUCUUCAGGUGCCCUCAGGCUCCCAUCAACAGCUACAGGGACUGACCACUGCCCAGCUCAUUCAGCCUGGAGACCUUACAGAGGAACAGCACCAGCAGCUUCAAGCUCAGCUGGUGGCAGCCGUGGCGGGAGGGCAGCAGAUCCAGAUUCAGACAGUGGGGGCGCUAUCUCCCUCCCAGCUGGAUAAUACUGAGAGGAGAGUGCUUGGAACCGCUGCUGCCCACGGAGUCGGAGUACUGCAGCCAGCCAAAAAGCGCAAGGUGGACAUGCCCAUCACAGUGUCCUAUGCCCUGCCCGGUCAGCAGUUAGCCACCGUCUUGGCUAUCCCACAGGGCCAGGGCCAGCAGCAGAGCUAUGUGUCCCUGCGGCCCGACCUCCUAACGGUGGACAGCUCCCACCUCUACAGCGCCACCGGCACCAUCACUAGUCCGACUGGGGAGACGUGGACCAUCCCUGUCUACUCGGCCCCUUCUGGCCCCGGGGGCCGGGAUCAAGUCACGCACAUCGCCAUUCCCCAGGAGGCCUAUGGAACCGUGCAGGUCACGGGAGCAAACACUACUACGAUGGCCACAAUGCCAACACAAAUCACAAUUGAAAAUGACAAGCUCAAGCUGUCGGCCAGUCAGAGCCAAACGGCGCAGGCGGUCUCCAGCAUAACGACAUCUGGGAUUAUGGGGAGCCAGGAGGAGGUGGUGCAUACGCUGGCUGCCAACACGCUGUUCCCUGCCCAGUUGAUGAAUGGCAACAUCCACAUCCCAGUAGCGGUGCAGGGCUACCCCAACACCACACAGUCCCUUAUCUGGGACCCGCAGCAGCAAGUGUUGCACACACAGGGACUGCCGGGCCAGGACACACAACAACUACAGGGUCAGACAAUCUCAGUCACAGAGGUGGACGGCCAAGGGCAGCAUCAGGUGCAGGUCCAAGAGCUGCUGCUCCCCGCCUCUCUGAAGCCAGAAGAGGGCUGGGAGGUGUGGCGGCUCUGGGCUCAGAGAAAAAACGCAGAGAUGGACAAAGCGGAGGCAAAUAAGCUUGCACCUAUUGGGCGUCGCCAGGCGCUGCGCUUCCAGGAGGACUUGGUGUCUUCCGCGGUGGCCGAGCUCAGCAUGGCUCUGUCGCUGAUGACGCAGGAGACCCGCGGGCUUGAGGGAGAGACGUACGAAGCCGACGUCCUCUACUACGUCUUCCUCUGCAUACAGAAAUAUUUGUUUGAUAAUGGUCGUGUGGAUGACGUUUUCUCAGACUCGUACUACACUCGCUUCGCUCAAAGUCUGCACCAGAUACUCGAGCCAUGGAGACCGACGGUGCACCCAUUAGGCUACGUCAUCCCAAGUCAUGUGACGGAGGAGAUGCUGUGGGAGUGUAAACAACUAGGAGCACAUUCUCCCUCGACAUUACUCACAACGCUAAUGUUCUUUAACACUAAGUAUUUCCACCUGACGACAGUGGAACAGCAUCUUAAGGUGGCCUUCUCCAAGGUGCUGAGGCACACCCGAAAGAGUCCCAACAACCCCAAAGACAAGAGCACCAGCAUCCGAUACCUGAAGGCCACUGAGAGGUUAAUCGGGCAGAAAGUGACGGAUGACAUGUACUCUGAGCAGCUGGAGGACCCAGAGAGCCCGCUACGCUGUCCCAUCAAGCUAUAUGACUUCUACCUCUUCAAAUGUCCACAAAGCGCUAAGGGCCGCAACGACACUUUCUACCUGACGCCUGAGCCUGUAGUGGCGCCCAACAGCCCCAUCUGGUACUCCACCCAGCCCAUCGUCAGAGAGCAGCUGGAGCACAUGCUCGCCCGCAUCCUGGUCGUCCGGGAGAUCCAGGAAGCCAUCACAAUGAUCGUCAACUUGCAAUAAGGAAACGUGGCCAUCACACUACACCACUGACUCAUGAACAUGGACAUCGUUUGUUAUCACCCUGUCUGCUUAACCUGAUGCACUUGUGGACCAUGCAGACGGAGAACGCAGCUUGCAGGUUCUGCCUUUCUUUUGGGCAUAACCCUGCAGUCCCGAUUCCUCCUGAAUUUUCUUUGCCAAAGGAUGCAGUAUUGCUAAUCUUCAUUUAAUGCGUUUUUUAUUGGACCUGAACUCAUUAAUUUAAAUCCGUAAUAACUGUUGGUUACCAAUGGUCUGGAAUUAUUGUUUUCUUAGUUUUUUAUCUGUAAUAUUGCGUACAUAAUUUCACUUGUUUGCCUGUUCCAUGCUGCUUUUGAUCUGUUCAUCCACGUUCUACAUGUUCUAUCCUUUUUUAAUUGUUCACUUCGUUCACACCUCUGCCUUGCUCAUCGUUCUGUCACAGCAAAUGCCUCGGCCGUGUAUGGGCUGAACCAAGUAGCCAUGUGUAGGUUGUACGCCCUCUCGAGGAUGCCCUGAUUCUCUGUUAGCCGACUCGGCCUGCAAACCGUAAAAUGUCCCCUACAUCCAGAAGGGUUGAACUCUGCCGACUUGUUCCUUCGGAUCAAUUCCCCCGAGGUCAUAGCACUACUUGGCAUCUAAUGUCUCCCAUUUACAUUUACAUUUCGGGCAUUUAGCAGACGCUUUUAUCCAAAGCGACUUACAAUAAGUACAUUUGAAGUGAAACAAUAUAUCGCUGUCUCCCAAGACAUGGACUUCCUUGCCACAACCUGCACUUACGUAGCGCUGCCACAGAGAGGACCUCCAGCACAGCAGGGAACAGACAGACUGUUUCUGUAUCUCCUGCCUCAAGACCCAAGACCUUUCUGUCAGAGGGGUCCAUUGUAUCAUAACGGUUGAUAACUCUGCAAGUGAAAAAAAAGACUCAAAGACUUCAAAUAACUUAGCGCUCAUUGUUCUAUAAUGUAUGAUAUUCAAACAACCUUUGUGUACUGUAAUAAGUCAUCUAAGGAGAAUGGUAGUGCCUGUGUGUUUUGAAACAUGACCUUUUUGUACAGCCGCUAUACUGGGAGUUUCUAUUUUGUCCGUUAUGUGAUAGUGAUAAACAUAAUUACGAUACAAAGGGAGCAAGAUUUAAAAAAAAAUCAGGUUUAUAUCUGGCAAAGUAGAAAGAUUAUAAAAAUGUAAGUUUUAGAAUAGUAUAGCAGUGAGCUUUCCCACAGUUCUGGUCGUAUAUCCACACAUCAGAAACCAGUUUGACAGGAUGAACAGGUUCUACCUCCAUACACAAUGCUGUAGCUCUGGUUAUUAGCUGACUCUCGCCCUUAGGACUCCGAUCUGGCCCAUAUGGAACCUCCUCUCAAAUGACAUUCGCUCAGUAAAGAAAAACUAGAAAGGUUUUAUUUAGGUACCAAUCUGAAAUGAGUCUUUCGACUAAGGCUUGAAGGGAACAUUUUCAAAGUUCUGUUCUGUUGGUUUGGGUUCCGACGACGUUUGUGGAAGCUGAAGAGAAGCGGGCAGUAUUCUCCUCAGUAGGUUCCUGGGGUCCAGCAGCUGUUGAACGUUGCUCAGUGUUUGGUCUGGCUGAGCUCUUGGUGGUUGAUGCUGAUGGCUCCUCCUCGCUCUGUUUCCCUGACCCGAUGAGCCCCGGAUGCGGACCUGACUCCGGCCGCUGUUGAAUGGCACUCCUUUACUCUGUGGACCGCUGGGGUAAUGGGGAGAGAUGCGUGACACACUGGGUUCAAACACUUUUGUGACGUAUGAAAUUGUGUUUAAUUGCUCUUGUCAUUUGGUUGGAUGACGACGCAUCGCUGGAAUGUGUACGGAGGUUUCAGAGGGAAGUUUUUUUUUUAUUCUCACCUGUCAAGAUUUGCCACUGUGCCUCUGCUCAGCCAGUUGAGCAGACAUUGAUGAACCAGUACAUACUGCUCCUUCAAAAUAAACGGGGGAUAAAGGAAAGCUUCGCUUUGCAGUUCACACAUACUUUCACAGCCUCUCACUAAUCUGGCAGUUUACCGGUCAAUAGAAAGGACUCACAACAUGCCACAUGUGACUGUUUUUUAAUUGUUUUCUAAACAGUUUGUUUCCCCCCCUGUUUUGUUAAUAGCCACAUACUGACACCUUACUGAUAAUUAUAUCCUAGCAGUUGUUCAAAGCAUACCAACCACGUUCUGGACCAUCCACAGCCGGUGCAUCCGCAGGUCCUCCACAGCCGCCCGGAUGUCCGGACUCACGCCUCGCUCACACAGCUGCAUCAGCCACAGCAGCGUUACAAAGGCCCCCGAUCUGCCAACGCCAGCGCUGAAAUGUGUCAAAAUAAUUGUGAACUUAAAGAAAUUAAGCCUUCUUUGGUUAAC